AUGCGUGUUCGGCAGCUUAUCGUGCGCGCGCGUGCCUCGGUGCCCAAUAGCGCUCAAGACUCCAACCAAGCAGGCGCACCAAUUGCCAUCAUCUGCGCCUUCACACCUUCAAAUGAUUGGCCAUUCACUCAACCGCUUCACAGUCAACACAGCAACGUCAUUUACCAGUUCGAAAUGAACGCAAAUGGCAGCAAACCGAAUAUAUGGCGAACUUCCAGCAUGAUCAACAGUUCACCCUUGUCCGAGGGCCAAUCCUCUACUUCCCCCUUGGGUUUUACUAAGACUUUACCAGCGUGGAGUAGUGCGCCCCCUGACUUGGCUCCCUCCCCCUACAAUCUCACCUCGACAACCCAGGAAUUCACUCAGUUCCCCUUUUCCCUGACUGACCCUUGCAACUUAGAGCCAGUAUCCACAACCAACGCUAUGGCGCGAUUUCUUUUGGCACAGGUAGGAGCAGCUGCGCUAUCCUCAUUUGGUCAUGUUCCCGCCACCACAAUCGCCGACAUUGCCUCCACGAACACCACUACCGUCAACGAACAACGCAAUAGCAGAAAUCUUUUCAGCAUUGCAAACCAUAUCAGUAGUGAUGUGAAAGAGAAAGAGGAGGAGGGCAAUGCUCACAACAGCAGCGACGUUGCAUCAUAUUCACUAUCCUAUCAAAAACGUUGA